AAUUAAAAAAUCGUGCAAAUAUUAAAAGAAAUAAAUACAAAAGCCGUAGCUACAACUGGGCGUGUGUGCAUGUGCAGGUGAUUGAAGAUGGGAGCACAGCAGGGCAAGGAGCGUGGCUCACACUCUAGCGGCGGAGGCGGCGGUGGACAUGGAGGCACCGUCAGCUGUAUCGGUGUAUCCAGCAGCAGUCCCGUUGCUGGAUCUGGCUCGCCGCACUGCAUCAGCGCCGGCAAUGCCUUAAACUCAGGCUCAACAUUGCGCAGCUCACGAAUCAAGCACACGUCAAUGGUGGGCUUUGGUGGCAGCGGUGGCAGCACCAGCAUCGGCUCAAGCGGCUCCAGCUCGCAUCGCGGAGGAGGCGGCGGCGGCUCCAGCACAACGCACAAGGAUAAUCGCUGCAAUCCCACUGUGGGCUUAAACAUAUUUACCGAACAUAAUGGUACCAAGCACAGCUCUUUUCGCGGCCAUCCCGGCAAAUAUCACGUGAAUUUAGAGGCGCUGCUUCAGUCACGUCCAUUGCCACACAUUCCGGCCGGCAGCACGGCCGCCUCGCUGCUCGCUGACGCCGUCGAGCUGCAGAGCCAGGAGUCGCCUGUGCUGUCAUCGCUCGUUGGUGGUGGUGGUGGCCACAGCUCGGCGACAUCGAUAUUCGAGUCGGCGCAUCGCUGGACAUCCAAAGAGAAUCUGCUGGCGCCUGGUCCCGAGGAGGAUGAUCCACAAUUGUUUGUGGCGCUCUACGACUUUCAGGCCGGUGGCGAGAACCAACUGAGCCUGAAGAAGGGCGAGCAGGUGCGCAUACUAAGCUACAACAAGUCCGGCGAAUGGUGUGAGGCCCACUCCGACUCCGGCAAUGUGGGUUGGGUGCCCUCCAACUAUGUGACGCCAUUGAAUUCGCUGGAGAAGCACUCCUGGUACCACGGUCCCAUCUCACGCAAUGCCGCCGAGUAUCUGCUGAGCUCCGGCAUCAAUGGCAGCUUCCUGGUGCGCGAGAGCGAGAGCUCACCCGGUCAGCGCAGCAUAAGCCUCAGGUAUGAGGGACGCGUGUAUCAUUAUCGCAUCUCCGAGGACCCCGACGGCAAGGUCUUUGUCACACAGGAGGCCAAGUUCAAUACGCUCGCGGAGCUGGUGCAUCAUCACAGCGUGCCACAUGAGGGCCAUGGCCUCAUCACUCCGCUGCUCUAUCCAGCGCCCAAGCAAAACAAGCCCACAGUAUUUCCAUUGAGUCCCGAGCCAGACGAGUGGGAGAUUUGCCGCACGGACAUUAUGAUGAAGCAUAAAUUGGGUGGCGGCCAGUAUGGCGAGGUGUACGAGGCUGUGUGGAAGCGCUACGGCAAUACGGUGGCGGUCAAGACGCUCAAGGAGGACACUAUGGCGCUCAAGGACUUCCUGGAAGAGGCGGCCAUCAUGAAAGAGAUGAAGCACCCGAAUCUCGUGCAGCUGAUCGGUGUCUGCACACGCGAGCCGCCCUUUUAUAUCAUCACCGAGUUCAUGUCCCAUGGCAAUCUGCUAGACUUUUUGCGUUCCGCUGGCAGAGAGACGCUAGAUGCGGUGGCAUUGCUUUAUAUGGCCACUCAGAUAGCCUCAGGCAUGAGCUAUCUGGAGUCACGCAAUUAUAUCCAUCGCGAUCUGGCGGCACGCAAUUGCCUGGUGGGCGACAAUAAGCUGGUCAAGGUGGCCGACUUUGGGCUGGCGCGUCUGAUGCGUGACGACACGUACACGGCGCAUGCAGGCGCCAAGUUUCCCAUCAAGUGGACCGCGCCCGAGGGGCUGGCGUACAACAAGUUCAGCACCAAGUCCGAUGUCUGGGCGUUUGGGGUGCUGCUGUGGGAGAUAGCGACAUAUGGCAUGUCGCCGUACCCGGGCAUUGAUCUCACCGACGUGUACCACAAGCUGGAGAAGAACUAUCGCAUGGAGCGACCGCCUGGCUGUCCGCCGGAGGUGUACGAUCUAAUGCGACAGUGCUGGCAGUGGGAUGCGGCGGAUCGGCCGACGUUUAAGAGCAUACACCAUGCGUUGGAGCAUAUGUUUCAGGAAUCGUCCAUCACCGAAGCGGUCGAGAAGCAGCUAAAUGCCACAGCCACAGCCAGUUCGGCCGGUUCAGCAGGGGGCACAUCGGGCACGGCAUCGACGGCGGCGGUAGGAGCAGCAGCCACGGCCAGCGCCUGCUCAUCGGCAUCUGCCUCGCUCAGUCUGACACCGCAAAUGGUCAAGAAGGGUCUGCCCGGCGUCGAUCAGCAGCAGCAGCAGCAGCAACAACAGCAGCAACUGGCCAGCACGCCCAUGUCAGAAACCGGCUCCAGCUCCACCAAGCUGAGCACAUUCUCCAGCCAGGGCAAGGGCAAUGUGCAAAUGCGACGCACCACCAACAAGCAGGGCAAGCAGGCGCCAGCGCCCCCCAAGCGCACCAGCCUGCUCUCCAGCAGUCGUGACUCUACAUAUCGUGAGGAGGAUGCUCGCAACUAUAUCGAUGAGCUCAAUACCAAUGGUCUGGCGCGUGACAUAAACAAUCUGACGCAGCGCUAUGACUCGGAAACAGAUCCAGCUGCUGAUCCCGAUACAGACGCAACUGGCGACAGUCUGGAGCAGAGUCUGACUGUAACGCCGCCUAACAAGAUGCAGCACUCAUUGCAUGGCGGCGUGCCGAGCAUUCCGAGCGGCAUUGGGCCGCGCUCCUCGCAGCAGCACAGCUCCUUCAAGCGUCCCGUUAUGGGCAACCGUGGCCUGGAGACGCGUCAGAGCAAACGCUCGCAGCAGCAUCCCGCCAGGGAGCAGCCUGGCAACGGCAUGCCCAAUGGCAAUGGCAAUGGUGUAGUGCCGCUGCAGCCUGCCCAGCCCAUACAAGUGGGCGCCUUGGAGGUGAUGAAUGUAAAGCGAGUGGUUAAUCGCUAUGGCACGCUGCCCAAGGUGGCGCGCAUUGGCGCAUUCUUGGAUAGCUUGGAGAGCAGCAGCAGCAGCAACAGCAGCGGCGAGCAACCAGCCAACGGACAUGCUACGCCGCCAGCAGCACGUGCGCCCGCAGCGGUGCCGACGUCAGCGAACAAGACACAACCGUCGCCGCAGCAAAUGAUCAGAAGCAACUCCUCUGGCGGCGUGACCAUGCAGAACAAUGCAGCCGCCAGUCUGAACAAGCUGCAGCGUCAUCGCACCACCACUGAAGGCACCAUGAUGACCUUCUCCUCGUUCCGAGCCGCCGGCAGCAGCAAUUCGCCCAAGCGCGGAGCCGCUGCGCAGGCAGCGCUGGCCAAUUUAGAGUUUCCGCCGCCACCGCUGGAGGAGUUUGAGGCCUUGCCGCCACCACCGCCGCCGCCAGCUCCAGAGAGCGCCGUCCAAGCUAUACAGCAGCAUCUCCAUGCGCAUCACAGCAGCAGCAACGAUGUCAGCAACACGGCGCCCAGCGUUGAGGAGGCCAGCUCCCGCUUUGGCGUCUCCUUACGCAAGCGUGAGCCAUCCACCGACUCUUGCAGCUCGCUGGGGUCGCCACCCGAGCCUGCGCCUGCGUCAGCGCCCAUGCCCAUGCCCGAGAAGGGUCUGAAUCUCAAGGAGAAGCUUAUUACCGAGAUUAAAGCGGCCAACAAGCCAGCGGAGCUGUCCAAUGGUAGCGUAGCGUCUACAGCACCGCCAGCUGUGGAUCCUGUGGUGCAGCUGGUCACAGAACUGGCCGAAAGCAUGAAUCUGCCCAAAUCGAAGCUAACUAACGGCAACAGCAACAGCAACAGCAAUAGCAGCAGCAACAACAACAACAACUUCAAGGCUCAGCUGAAAAAAGUGGAACCCAAGAAACUGAAUUCGCCGCUGCCCAAGACCGAGCAACCAUCCAACAUAAUUGACUUUAAGGCGCAUUUGCGUAAGGUGGACAAGGAGCAGCAGCAGCAGCAAUCGCCGCAGUCAACUGGCAAUCCCAAUGGCAAUUCCAAUUGUCCAGCGCGUAAAGAGGAGGGAGGCAAAAAAUUAAGCAGCAACGCAGCAGGAGCAGCAGCAGCAGCAGCAAAUCAAAAGACUGAAAUCAAAAUUGAUGUGACAAAUUCCAAUGCCGAGACGGACACAAAUGCCGCUGGCGAGCCAAACAGUGAGCCCGGCAAGCGACGCAGCACAGGUAGUAUUAAUAAUUUAAAGAAACUCUGGGAGCAGGCGCCCAGUGGCGGCGACUACGCCAGCACCACACUCCCCCAAGCACAGCUGCCCAGCGUGGCCAGCAAUGGGGUGCAGCAGCACUCCACGCAGCUAUCGCCCAAGUACGGGCUGAAGAGCUCGCUGCCAUUGGCCACGUCCAAGCACUUUGGUAAUAAGCCGCCGCCAGCAGCGCCGCCACCACCGCCCCCAGUUAGCAGCAAUCCAAGCACCUCCUCUACUCCAGCACAAUCCAAGCCAGCAAUAGUUGUAGCAGCAGCAGUAGCAACAACAACAAGAGCAGCAAGCACUAGCAACAACCCAACUACAACAACAGCAAUAAAAACAUCUCUUUCAACGCAACUCUUCACAGAUGCCGAGGGUCACAGUCAAAGCAGCAGUGGCAACGAGGAGCACAGCAGCCUAAUGACGCAGUCUCUCUACAGCGGCGAGCAGCUGCAGCAGAUCGGCAACGCCAACAACAGCAAGCAACUAAGCACCAGCAGCAUCAAUCAGAAUAAGCCGGCGGUGCCCCACAAGCCCACCAAGCUUACCAUCUAUGCCACGCCCAUUGCCAAAAUAUCGGGCGUGGGCGUGGGUGGCGGUGGCGGCGGCGGUGACAACAUCAACUCAACGCAAAUCUCGCGCGAGAGCAUCUUGGAGUUGGUGACGCUGCUCGAGAGCUCAUUGAAGCAUCCGGCCAACGCCAUUUCGGCCUCGCAGUGGCUACAGCUCAGCGACAAGCUCAACAUUUUGCAAAACUCUUGUGUGGUCUUUGCGGAGAAUGAAUCAAUGCCGCCGCACUCCAAGUUUCAUUUCCGGGAGCUGGUGACGCGUGUGGAGACGCAAUCGCAGAAUUUGCGCUCGGCGGGCAGCAAGAAUGUGCAGGACAAUGAGCGCUUGAUGGGUGAGGUAGGUCAGUCGCUGAAGCAGAUCUCGAAUGCAUUGCAUAGGUAAAUAAUAAGAACGGGGAUGGACGCCAAGCGGAGCGGUGAACCGGACAACAACGGCCCAGGCAUUUGGCUGGACGCCGAGGGCAAUUUCAUCAAGCGUAAGCAACCACAGUGAUAAUAGACCCAACAUCGUACCCACCAUCCCCGUCGGAGACCUCACACACACA